AGAAUUAAACAUGAAAUAAAGCUAUUAUUAGUUAGCUUUGCGGAAAAGACUGCGCCGCUUGCGAUGACGUCUUAUACACGCGACACUCGCUCAUCUGUCACAUGAGACGGGAGGUGCAGGAAAACAACAGUAAAACUUCUCCUCAAAAUGACAACGGCUUUGACCCAGGGUUUGGAGAGAAUACCCGAUCAAAUUGGGUAUUUGGUUAUAAGUGAAGACGGUGUACUUGCGUCAGCAGGAGAGCUGGAGAAUGAUGAACACACAGCAGGAGUGAUCAUGCAGAUGGUCAGAACAGCUUGUCGGUUUAGGUUACAUGGGACAGCAGAGCCUCCUUUCAAACGCAUGUCAGUGAUGUUUGAAGACUACGUUUAUGCUGUGACAAUCUCCGGGCAGAAAGUUUUUGUGGUCAAGAGGCAGAACAACCAACGAGAACCUGUUACUGUCUAAGAGAGGAAAAUAUGAACUAGCAUGCACAUACUUACUCUUUUUCAAGCGUGAAAUAGCGCCUUCAUAUGGAAACAACCCAGCCAUUACAACUAUUUGCCGUUCAGCACAAACAUACUCGAUUACUUUUGUAUAAAACUUCUAUUAUACAGAUUUGGGACCUUGGCAAUGUCUUGAAGUCUUAUGUGUUAUUAUUGUACAAUGUCACAGACUGUGGUCACAGGUAGGAUGUUUUGUCUUUUUGACAAAUGAUGAUAUACUGUCUAUCAUUAAGCCCCAUUUCCCUGUUUUUUGUAAUUGGUGUGUAUUAACAUUUUAAUAUAUGUAAUAUAAUAAAUAUCAGCUUCUUGUUAAUCUAUAGGCAGGUUCAAGGAAGGACCUGAUCAUUCUGAUUUCUUAUGUUUAUGCACAAUUUAAAAAAGAUUGGAGAUGUGUACAUGCUCAUAAAAGCAGUUAACCAUUGAGAUUGUAACACUGCAAGGGUGCGAUUGAUUGUAAUGUGUGAUAUGUUGUAAUGAACAAGAAACAACAGGGAUUCACGGGUGUUAUAAAAUAUGUUUUCACUUGGACCUACAGCAUAAAGCAGAACCUAAAAUGCCCCUAAAUGGUAUUUAUGAAUUUUUAUUAAAUGUGAUUAAUCUACAGGUUUUAAAUCAUCUUCCAGUAGUUGGAUUAACAAUACGUUAAAUAAAAUAUGCAUAACUGUA